UCCUGCUACGCGAGCGUCUCCCGCUCAACCCGCUUGCUAGUGGCUCCGCGGCCCCCAGGGCUUCCGACGCCCGCGGCGCUCCCGGCGGCAGGUCCCGGCUGGACGGCGCGCGGCAGCGGCUGGCCUCCCAGGUGCCUGCCUCCUCUUCAGUAGUUGACGGCUCCCAAUUCUGGUGCUUCCAUAGCAUCCGAACCUCCCCAUCAGAGCACUGGCUGCACUGUGGUGAGCAUCUGUUGAUGUGUCUAGACACCUUCUCCCCAUGAAAAGGCCCGGGUGUGGAGGUGGAGGAAGGAUUGGACACGUUGCCGGGGAAAGUGAGCGAUCCAUUUAACCAAAGCAGAGAUGUCGGCUUGUUUAUAGGAAUUACUUGAAGCCAGAGUCAUGGUGGAUGUAGGAAAGUGGCCAAUCUUCACUCUGCUUUCACCUCAAGAAAUUGCAUCUAUUCGGAAAGCGUGUGUCUUUGGCACCUCAGCCAAUGAAGCACUCUACGUUACUGACAACGAUGAGGUCUUUGUAUUUGGACUGAACUAUAGUAACUGUCUAGGAACUGGAGAUAACCAGAGUACACUUAUACCCAAAAAGCUGGAAGCCUUAUGUGGAAAGAAGAUCAAAAGCCUUAGUUAUGGGAGUGGACCACAUGUUCUUCUCAGCACUGAAGAUGGAGUUGUUUAUGCCUGGGGCCACAAUGGAUAUAGCCAGCUUGGGAAUGGGACGACCAACCAAGGCAUUGCUCCCAUUCAAGUCUGCACCAAUCUCUUGAUCAAGCAAGUGGUUGAAGUAGCUUGUGGCUCACAUCAUUCAAUGGCUCUGGCAGCUGAUGGAGAGGUGUUUGCUUGGGGAUAUAACAACUGUGGCCAGGUGGGAUCAGGAUCUACUGCAAAUCAACCAACUCCCCGGAAAGUUACAAACUGUUUACAUAUUAAGAGGGUGGUCGGGAUUGCCUGUGGUCAGACCUCGUCCAUGGCUGUUCUGGACAAUGGUGAGGUAUAUGGCUGGGGUUACAAUGGCAAUGGUCAGCUGGGCUUGGGAAACAAUGGCAAUCAGCUGACCCCUGUGAGAGUGGCAGCUUUGCACAGCGUGUGCGUGAACCAGAUUGUCUGCGGCUAUGCACACACUCUAGCACUAACAGACGAGGGCUUGCUCUAUGCCUGGGGAGCUAACACAUAUGGGCAGCUGGGAACUGGCAAUAAAAAUAACCUGCUAAGCCCAGCACACAUCAUGGUGGAGAAAGAAAGGGUAGUAGAGAUUGCAGCCUGCCACUCUGCCCACACGUCUGCUGCCAAGACCCAGGGAGGGCACGUGUACAUGUGGGGCCAGUGCCGGGGCCAGUCUGUGAUCCUGCCGCACCUCACGCACUUCUCCUGCACGGAUGACGUGUUCGCCUGCUUCGCCUCUCCCGCCGUCUCGUGGCGCCUCCUGUCUGUAGAACAUGAAGACUUUUUAACAGUUGCAGAGUCACUGAAGAAAGAAUUUGAUAGUCCAGAAACUGCUGAUUUGAAGUUUCGAAUUGAUGGGAAAUAUAUCCACGUCCAUAAAGCUGUUUUGAAAAUCAGGUGUGAGCACUUUCGAUCCAUGUUUCAGUCCUACUGGAAUGAGGACAUGAAGGAAGUGAUAGAAAUAGACCAGUUUUCUUACCCAGUGUAUCGUGCCUUUCUCCAGUACCUCUACACGGAUGCAGUUGAUCUGCCGCCUGAGGAUGCUAUAGGUCUUUUGGAUUUGGCAACGUCUUACUGUGAAAAUAGACUGAAAAAACUUUGUCAGCACAUUAUCAAGCGAGGAAUCACUGUGGAGAAUGCCUUUUCAUUGUUUUCUGCUGCGGUCAGAUAUGAUGCAGAGGAUUUAGAAGAAUUCUGCUUUAAGUUUUGCAUCAAUCAUUUGACAGAAGUGACACAGACUGCAGCAUUUUGGCAAAUGGAUGGCCCUCUGCUAAAGGAAUUCAUUGCUAAAGCCAGUAAAUGUGGAGCCUUUAAGAACUGAAGCCCGAGGCUGCUGGGUUUGUGUGAGUGCUGGGCGGGUGAUGGGAGAUGGUGUGUCGUUUGUGCUCGAGGGGUGAUGUCAUUCUCCGAGUGGGUUUUUUCACGUCCGAGAUACAGGUCUCUGUGUAGGAAUGUAUGAAAGAUGUGCGUCUUUUCCUGAACCCGUUUUAAACAACGCUUUGUUUCCAGCUAUGUAUAUUUUAAAUGUGACCUUAUGUUUGGCUGGAACAUUGUUAAAGGGUGAAAAUUUAGCUGGUGGUUUUUUGUUUUUGUUCCUGAUUAGAGGAACUUGUGAACUUGGGAAGGGGAGGUGUGUGGCACUCUCCUGGCUCACAUAUCAGCAACCCUUUUGACAGCAGGAGUUGAGAUCGUGUGUGAGUGGUGAGACAGACACAGAGCCCCGCCCCCCCCCCCCCCCCCCCCCCCCCCCGCCCAAAACUGAAGAUGCUGACUUUGGGGCCUGUGGAAGUGCUGCAUUGGUUGCUACUUCAGUAGUCUUACUGUGAAGGAAUAGCUAGGAUCAUUUUAGGCUUUUGUUUGUGGGUUUGCACUAUGGAUGACUUUUUUUAAUUUCACGGUGUAUCAAAAUAAUAUUCAGUUUAAUAUGAAUUCAACCUAUUGAAAUGAUAAUUAUGCAAAGAUAAAUUUCUAGGUCAGCCAAGAUUUCUCUAAGACUUAAGCUCGUAAAGAGUAGUAAAUUAGGACUCUCCAUGAAAAGUUGAUAAUGAAAGAAACUUCAUUUGGACAAAGGUGAAUAUUUUAUAAAUUGGAAUCUUCACUACUAUCCAAUGUAAACACUUUUAUUAAGAUAAAAUUUGAGAACUCAAGUUUAAAUUGCCCCGCCCCUUCCCUUGUCUGUGCUAAUCAUAAGAGGGAAACAGUGACAUACUCCGCGUCCUCUGGCCCUCCUAAAUCACGGCUGCUGUGCGUCACCCCUGCUGUGGCGCUUCGCACAGCAGCUUCCCCACGGGACUGGAUGAGACCUGCCUUCUCCCUUUGUGUCAGGCAGAGAACAUCCCAGACCGGCUUAGUUGACACUUCUCCAGCUUUCACUUUUGAUUCUCCUCUCCUUUUAAUUGUGUUAGGUAUGAGGUUGAGCAUAAUUUAACUAUGAAAAAGGGUCAAAAUUAUGGGGUAUUUUUGGUCUGGUUAUGAGGUGUGACCUUGGGAGGUAAGAAUGCUCAACUCUGAGUUUUAUCAUGUGUGUCCUUUGAGCUUACGUUAAGAACAAAGCUUUGUUCUGCUCUCUGGCCCACGGACUCAUUUCCGUUUGUGGGGGCUCCCUUAGUGAACUCUUUUCUGUUUGGAAGGUCCCCGAUCUGAACUUGGAGCUUGAAUACAUUUCAGAGCCAAAUUAACAAGAAGGUGAAGAGAUGCUGCAGAUACUAUUUUUAGCAACGUUUUUACGUGUGUGUGUGUUGGGGGGGGGGGGUGGAGAUGAGGGCCCAAAGAUAGGAAUUCGUUGAAAGGUGAAAUAACCACCAACCUAGAAGUCCCAGCCCCCUUUUCUUGACCAUGUCACAAGUGAUUGAAGCCUUGCAACAUGGUAGACUUUUUCUUACUAGGUUGAUAAACGCAUAUUGAUUUGAUUAUUAGCUAUGAUGGGUAGUAUUGGUAACAAUCAGUGUUCUGUAGGCUUAUGAUCUGGACAAAACAAGACCUUCGGUAUGUUUACUAUUGUUCCUACUUGAAAAAAAACAUCAAAAAAAAAGCACAAAUUAAAGUAGUAGAUCCAUUUGCAUAGUGUUCUUUCAUUCAACAAAUAUUUACUGAGUUCCUAAUAUAGGUGAAGAACCACUUCUCAUAUUACAUUACUGAGUAAUUUGAGUAUGUAUGUAGUGAAGAGAACAGGGAUAAGUCCUUGAAAAAGUACUUCAUCUUUUUUUUUUUUUAAUACACUCUUAUUUUUCUACUCGGUUUUGUUGUUAAUCGUAACCUGUUGUUAAGCAGGAGAUAAAAACUAUUCUUUGAAUUGCUUUCUUCAUGAUGUAAUAAUGAAAGCCAAAGUAUUCAUAUUUCUUAAAACAGGCCUAAAAGUACUCUUGAACUUCUUACUGGAACAAUGUUUGAUACUCUAGCAUAUAGGCUGUAUUUAUGUAAUGUUUAGAAUGACAUAGUAAUAAAUAAUCUGUUAAAACAGG